AUAUGCGUUUUUCAGGCGAUGCUAUCAGAGUGACGUAUAAUGUAGUGGACGGGACGCUUCUUCAACAACAUCUCGUCAGCCACCUCGGUAGCUUCCUAGCGGAAACGUUCAAGCUGUUCAGACUGCUUCGGUCUAUAUUUACUUCUGUAUUUGGAACAUAAUUCUGUCUUUUAACUAGUUUCCCCAUUUCAUGUCAUAUUUCCGUUUAGUCAGGUAACGGUAGCUGGCUUGAUAAAUGAGCCUAUCACUAGGCUAGUCGCUAACUAGCUAGGUUAGCUGGCUAACAUCCCCGACCAUGAGCUCAGCAAGCUGCUGCCCUCCUGCUAAAAAAGAGGUCUGCUGGAAGGAGAAAGAAGGUAUUUGGCUGAACGUUGUCGUGAAAGAGGAGAAUGAAGAGGAGGAUGUCACAGUAAACGAAGAAGUAGAGGGUGAGGCUGUUACACAGAAAGAAGAGGAAGAAAACGAUUAUACUUUUUUUGGAGUGAAUGAAGGAGAGAUAACUGUCAUAUUGAAGGAGGAGGAGAGGGAAGAAGAGGAGGAGACAGAAGAUCUGAGUAACACCAGAGAGAGACCAGACUCUCCUUCUGACAGCAGGAAGAGUCCUUCAGGGAAACCAGACCCCGAGACGUCCAAACCAACCAACUAAUGGGGAUCCAUAAUAAACCCCAGGAAGUGUAGCUGCUGCCUUGGCAGGAA